AUGAUUUCCAUAGAGCCCCCUGCUCCGUUGGUGGCCGUUUUCGACGACCUUGUUGCAACUGCCGUUGAGUUCAAGACAUAUGAGACUAGUGUCGCGGCCAUCGAGAGAACGGGAUGGCGAAUCCAACAACCUAUUCCGUGGACAAAGCAGUCUGAGGAAGGAGCAAUUGGUUUCUUGAACAAUCCCUCUCCGCUGACAGUUGCUGACUGGGAACCUGAAUCCAGAGAGACAAACGCAAACUACUCAGAAACAACCGGUUCAGAAUCCUUGCUCAGUAUAGCUAGCCUAGUUGAAACUCCUCAAACGACUACCUCCGACUACCAACUAACACCCAUCACGACUGCCGCAAAAGCAGCCGGCUACAUAACUGAGCGCUUCGAUUUCUUCCUCAAAAACGACACGGCGGGCUCGGCGAUCCUCGAAGAUCCCGCAACAGGCAUCACCUUCAUCGCUCAAACCCCACAAGACGACGGAUACCCGUUCUUCGCCUUAUCCCUCAACCACCGACCACAAGAGUCCCACUCCCGCGGUAUCGACUGGGAAUGUUUACUUUCUGUCCGCCCCAGCAGUCUCUGGCACGACUCCGCGGAGCGUCUUCUUUGCCACGACCCAUUCCCACAUGAUUCUCCGGCGCCGAUCCCAGCCGAUCUCAUGGUUCUCCCCGUGGUGUUGCUGAUCUGGCAGGUAGAACAUAUCAUGACGGAGGUGAAUGAUAUCAAGCGCGCGCUGGUGGCACAGUACCGGGUGUUGGUGAUUGGAGAGAAUGUGCCGCUUGAGGAACUAAGGAGGACGAGGGAUGAGCUGUUUAAAAUGUGGCAAAAGAAUUUGUUUCUGAAGCGCAGGUGGGAUUUUGCUCAGGAGUUAGCUGGUAAUCUGCUUAUUGCGUUCGGGCUGCUCGAGAGACGAUACUUGCUUGGCCCAGGCUCGGACAACCAUGGGAUGGUCGGGGCGCAGGGAGUUUACUCACCUACGCUGAUGGCGAAAGUCUCAAACCAGAAGGCGAUUCUGAAGACUUUCAUUCAUGAUAUUGAUACUACGGCGUUGAGAAUUGAGUCACAGCAGAAGCUGGUUGACGACCAAAGCAGGGCUGCGAUGGAACACCGCGACCGCGUCUCCCUGAAGAUAAUUGCAAUUAUGACCCUAGUGUUUCUCCCUGCCACAUUCCUAGCAACUAUUUUCAGCAUGGGCUUUUUCAACUGGAGCACAGAUCCAGUGGAUGGCGGAAGCUCUGUUGGAGUUUCACAUUGGAUCUGGCUGUACUUUGGCCUAUCGGUCGCGUUAACUUUCAUCGUGGUCCUCAUCUGGAAAGCGGUCUCUAAGUGCGAGGAACGCAAUCGGAACAGAAUCUGGGCUGGGAAGAUAGUAUAG